AUGUUACCUGUCCUGGUCGUGUCUUACAUGCUCCAGUAUCUGGACAAGGCCACUAUGAGCAAUGCUGCUAUUCUCGGGCUGCGCGACGACCUUCAUCUCACUGGGAACGAAUAUUCGUGGGCAUCGAGCCUUUUCAAUUUCGGAUACCUCGCGGCCUCUGGACCUAUGGCCCUAAUCAUAGUCAAGUUUCCUAUUGGCAAGGCCAUGGCCUUUCCUGCGGCAUGGGCUGUAGUCCUGUGCUGUAUGGGCGCCACACAAAAUGCGGCUGGCCUCAUGGCUACCCGCUUCUUCCUGGGUUUUACAGAGGCGGCCGUCGCCCCAGGGUUCAGUAUUAUUACUUCCAUGUGGUACAAGCGGUCCGAACAGCCCCUUCGCCAUGGCGUGUGGUUUCUUGGGAACGUCAUCUCCGGCUUGUUCAGCGGCCCGCUGAUGUACGCAUUUGGGCAUGUGCACAAUUUCCCACCCUGGAGGCUCGUGUUUAUUGUAUUCGGUGCGAUCACCUUGGUCUGGGGACUCUGCCUAGUCCUCCUUCUGCCAGACUCGCCUUCUACUGCAUGGUUUCUCUCAGAGACCCAGCGAGUUGGCGCGGUUGACCGUGUCAAGGAGGACAUUACCGGGGUCAAGCAUAACAGUUGGAAGAAAGAUCAAGUGAUCGAAGCUCUCAAGGACCCCAAGACAUGGUUUUCCGUCUUGAUCAUGCUGUGUGCAAACAUCCCGAAUAGAGGAAUCAGUAAUUUCGCAGCAAUCGUCAUCCACGGCUUCGGAUUUUCAACCAACGAGACCUUUUUGGUGAUCGGCGCAGUCGUUAUCCGCCAGGUUGAUAACUCACACCUCUGGGCGCGAUACUCCCGCUACUGCCUGCUUUCCGCCUACACAGUCAACUUCCGUCUUCUGCUCUCCAUCAACGUCGCCAACACCGCCGGGGUUACUAAGAAAGCAACCGUAAAUUAUCUCACCUUUAUCGCCUACUGCACCGGCAACAUCAUAGGACCGCAGUUAUUCUUCGAAGACGAAUCCCCCAGUUACCCGUCCGGUUUCGCGGCUAUGCUGGUGUGUCUUGCCGUCGAGGUUCUUCUGGUUUUGGGGUUGCGCUUCUACCUUGUCUGGGAAAACAAACGACGUGCAUUGAAGCUUGAAGCAUCAUCUGACCCUGCCGUUGGCGAGGGAGCUGAUGGUCUGCACCUGCUGGUUAGGUAGUGCGAGUAUGGAAGAGGUGAUUCGCUCCAUUUAUCGAUCUUGCGCCCAGGUCGACAGCGGCUACGUUGGAGGCAAGAUCAUAGCUGUUUCAUCUCCUAAAGUCCUCGUUCAAGCUGGAAAGACUAAUACCGACGCUUCCUCAUGUGUAAUGACUAUCAGGCUUUCACUAAUGCCAAAAUUUCC